AUGGUUAUGCAAUGUAAGAAAUGUAAACUGUUUAUAUCUCUAACCAAAGAUGAAAUUGUGAAAUGCAAAGGUGACUGUGAAACAGUUUACCACAGAAAAUGUGUAAAUAAAAAGUUUAUUCAAAAUGCAAUCUGUGAGGACUGCGUAAUGAUAAAUAGUAGUUCUAAGCAGAGCACAUCUGAUACGAAAUCAACAUUAAGCCUGAAUGAAAAUAAUGGCGAUAAUGUAUUAGCUGAAAUCAACAAAAAAUUAACGGUGAUUUAUAUUGUGGAGAAAAAAAUAGAAGACCUUACCAACGCUGUUGAGUACUAUGCUGAUAUGUACCAAAAACUACUUGAUUAUAAAGAAGAAUCGGAGAAAAAAAUAAAGGCGUUAGAAAACAGAAGUGUAUAUCUAGAAAAGUGUAACAAGGCCUUGGAAGAACGAGUGCAGGACUUAGAAAUAAGAAAUAAAGAGAAAAAUGUUGAAAUACAUGGACUAGAGAAAUGUGAAAAUGAAAAUACCAUACAGGUGGUUCGGGACCUGGCGCGAAAACUGAACCUAGACCCAAAUGACAUCGAAGAUGCACAGAGGGUAGGCCAAGAAAAACCAAAUGAAUCGAAGCCCAAGGUUGUGCUAGUCACGCUCCGUUCCAAAACCGCUCGCAACAGCUGGAUGACGGUGAGGAAAGAAAUUAAUAUAACCAACAAUAAAGUCUAUGAUAAUGGCAGUGAUAAGCGCAUAUAUAUUAACGAAGAUUUACCGAGAUAUAAAAGACAACUUCUUUGGGCCGUAAGAAAUAAUCUCAAACCGAAGGGUUUCCAGUACAUCUGGGUGCAGAAUAGUAAUAUUCUGGUAAAAAAGAAUAACGAGGAAAAAAAGAUAUACAAUAUUCGAUCGGAAGAAGACUUGAAAAAGUUCGAAUAA